AUGUAUGGCAUUGGUAAUCCAUGGAACACGGCGUUCGCCACAUUUAACCAGGCACUCUCAUCACGGUGUCAUCAAAUCUGCCGAAACAGCGAUGUUGCCAAACUAAAGGCUACCACAUUAACUAAAGGCCCUCCAGGCGCCCGACGCCAUCACAACAAGGGACGAGCGCACGAGGUGACAAUCAGUAUGCAUAUCAGUUUAUCAAUGCAAAGGGCGCAAGGGAAAAGCCAUCGCAAGACCCGGGAUAUGGUCGUUUGGAGAUCACAUGAGGCUUAUCAGAGUACCGCGGAUGAUAUCGGAACAAUGCACCAAAGCUUACCGCAGCACAAGAGGUGCAAGGCUGUCAAGUUGUUGCCAGACCUAACCCACCGAUUCGAAGCCCAUGCUGUCAAGGGCAAGUCACACACACCGGCGCAAUAUAGGAAUGGAGGCAUGAGGUCUGGGACAGACAAGACAUACCUGAAGGCCUCCUGCACCAUCCGGAGUGUCACCGCUCUGAAAAAGAGCUUACUACACACUCCCAUGCCCAUGCGGAUCAUAAAAUAUGCUCCGAGGCAGGAAACAAAACCAGAAGUACUUGACACGGACACAACUAAGGUGUCGACGUUCCUCGAGAAUCUACAUAGUGAUUUUUUCUGGAUUCAUUAUACCCCUCUCCCGCGAUUCUCAUCAUGCGCGAGACCCACGUCCAUGUGGUGCAGCCGCUGUCAAGGCGCGUGGUAUUGCACCCAGGAACAUCUCCAGAUAGACUGGCCGCGGCACCACAAUGAAUGCAUCCCCGCCAUAAACGCGCAAACCUAUCACGUGAUUGCGACUCUUCCGCCUGCUGAGCAGCAGAUGGUCCCUGAACCGCGUAUAUCGGCAAGGCAACUGCUUGAAAGACACAGCAGUGCCAGAAUCUCGAGUUUCCCAACGAUAGGACGUGCUCCAAUGACAGUCGGGAUGCCUUUCACAAAGGAUUCAACUUUGGAUCAUCACAGCGAUCCAAUCAGCACGCCCUUUGCGUUAGACGAUACUAUCACGGAGAUCCACACAGCGGAUGGCCAAUUUGUAUGUGUCAUCUGUGCCGUGCAGAGCGAGAGGACCUGA